CCAGAACCUCAGCAACCAAGAAAACAAAGAGCGGCUUCUUACUCUGCGCCCCCUCGACAUUCAGCACCUCCUCGCGACUCUGCACCUCCAAAACCCCGCCAACAACCACCAACACCAAAACGCGCCACAGCAACCGAUCGCGAUGCCCGCGCAGCAGGUAUUCCUGCAGGCUACAACUUCAAAAACUGGGAUCCAAAUGAAGAGCCCAUCCUGCUUCUCGGCAGCGUCUUCGACGCAAACAGUCUCGGAAAAUGGAUCUACGAUUGGACAGUAGCUUUCCACGGCCCCAGCACCGCCUUUGCAGAAAUGGCCGGCGAUCUCUGGCUCUCCCUCAUCCACUUGGCAGGAAAAAUCAAACGCGCCGAGGAAUCGCUUCCAAAAAUUCGGCAUCGCGAUGACCGCGAACUCAUCGACGAUUUCUUGGAUAGCGGGGAGAGGCUUUGGGAGAGGUUUAAUAAACUGCUGAAGAUUUGCGAGAAACAGAUGUUGAAAGCUGCGAAGAGGGACAGAGGGAAUGAGGGAAAACUGUACAUGGGGAACAAUAGCGGGAGAGAGUUUGUCGAGACGAUAUUUGGACGGGAUAGAGAGCUGGAGAGGACGGAGAAACUGACUACCGGAAUAAGACUUUGGAGUUUGAGAUUCGAUGCUAAUUGUGAAGAGGUGUUG